AUGUCUUUAGCUAAAGAAGUUUACAUUGCAAUAAUCGGUGCUGGUGGGGUUGGAAAAUGCUUUAUUUCUCAGCUCCAAGGCCUCUCUAAACGCUCCUCCAAAAACCUUUCUCUCAUUUUCAUCUGCCGAAGCAAGACAGUCCUCUACAGCCCGAACUACACCGCCCUACCCUACGAAAACAUCUCCACUGCCCUCGCAGGUUCGACGCAAGAACCCCUCUCCAUACCUAACAUCAUCGAAUAUCUGUCCGCAGCUCCUGCAAAGGUUGUCCUAGUCGAUAACACUAGCUCGCAAGAUGUAGCAGAUGCGUACCCGGCUUUCCUUGCAGAAGGGAUUAGCAUUGUUACGCCGAAUAAGAAGGCUUUCUCCGGUUCAUACAAGCUGUGGCAGGACAUCUUCUCUGCUGCUUCUACGUCCGGUGCGAAGGUGUACCACGAGAGCUCUGUAGGCGCCGGACUACCAGUUAUCGCCACGUUAAAGGAGCUGGUCGACACUGGAGACGAGGUUACGAGAAUCGAGGGUGUUUUCAGUGGCACCAUGUCCUUCUUAUUCAAUUCGUUUGCACCAACUGAAGGAUCAGGCGGUAAAUGGUCGGCGGAGGUUAAGAAAGCAAAGGAGUUGGGAUACACAGAACCAGACCCAAGAGAUGACUUGAACGGACUAGACGUGGCUAGAAAGUUAACGAUCUUGGCUCGUUUGGCUGGACUUCCCAUUGAGUCGCCUACUUCAUUCCCAGUCCAGAGCUUGAUUCCAAAGGAAUUAGAGAGUGUUCCGAGUGGAGACGAGUUCUUACAGAAGCUGCCUGAGUUCGAUUCGCAGAUGGAGGAGACAAAAGUUGCGGCUGAAAAGGAAGGAAAGGUAGUACGGUUCGUAGGGAGCAUUGAUGUAACUAAGAAGGAAGUGAAGGUUGGGCUAGAAAAGUUCGAUCGGUCUCAUCCAAUUGCGGCAUUGAAGGGAAGUGAUAACAUUAUCAGCUUUUACACCAAACGAUACGGCGCUAACCCUUUGAUCAUCCAAGGUGCUGGAGCUGGCGGGGAUGUCACUGCUAUGGGGGUAACUGGAGACUUGAUAAAAGUUCUAGAGCGCUUGCCUCAGUCCUCCUUCAAGCAGUAG